GUCUAUCGCGCCGGAAGAGAAGAAGGUCCUUUUCCCAGCCAUCUUGUGGCUUCAUCUAGCGAAGUGUUCGCAGCAAGCCUCGUAGAAUCGGAGGAAAAUCCAGCUGAAGGGGCGCCAUCAUGCCCGGACAAAUGCAAGAAGGUUUUGGCUGCGCUAUAGCCAAUCGGUUCGACCAGUUAUUUGACGACGAGUCGGAUCCGUUUGAGCUGCUAAAGCAGGCCGAAGUGAAGAAGAAGAAGGAGGCUCUUGCUCCUGGUGCCGCCAAGACCGCAGCCCAGGCUGCUAAACAGCCGAAAAAGGAGUCCCAGAAAGACAGAAAGACCCCGCUGGCUGAUAAGAAGGAGGAGAGCCAAGCACCUCUUCCGCUCAAGAAAGAUGGUGCCGUCAUGAGGAGAAUGGGUCGCAAGCCAGAGGGUGACGGUUCCAGACCCCAGGGCGGCCAGGGAGAGGGGCGCCCCCCCACAGACAGACGGCCUGUGGACAGGCGGCCCCCUCGCCGCUUCGAGAGGCCUGCUGGUGAGGCUGGAGACAAGCCCGAGGGCGGCGAGUUCUCAGUCGAGAAGCCCAUUGGUGAGAGACCAAUGAGAGGACGUGGUGGCGGCAGAGGAGGCCGUGGAGGCAGAGGUCGCGGCAUGGGCCGCAGCGAUGGCUUUGACUCUAGAGGAAAGCGUGAAUUUGACCGACACAGUGGCAGCGACCGUUCUGGUCUGAAAGGUGAGGAGAAGCGUGGAGGAAGUGGAUCUCACAAUUGGGGCACAGUCAAGGAUGAACUGAAUGAGCUUGACCAGUCAAAUGUCACUGAUGAGAACCCUGAAGGAGAAGAGCACCCACCGGCUGACUCUGAGAACAAAAGGGAGAAUGAGGUGGAAGAGGUGAAGGAAGAAGGCGCCAAGGAGAUGACUCUGGAUGAAUGGAAGGCAAUGCAGAACAAGGAACGCUCCAAGGUAGACUUCAACAUCCGUAAGGCCAACGAGGGAGCUGAUUGGAACAAAGGAUUUGUGCUGCACAAGUCCAAGGCAGAUGCUAAGAAAGGAGAACUGAUUGACCCUGAGGUUGAUGAGCCUAAGCAGGGAGAGGAUGAACACCACUUCCGGAAGCCAGCCAAUGACAUUACGUCUCAGCUGGAGAUCAACUUUGGAGACUUGGGCCGUCCUGGACGUGGACGUGGUGGACCACGUGGUGGCCGGGGAGGAACUCGUGGCCGCAGCGAACCCACCAGGCCGACCCGUGGGGGGAGGACUGACAAGUCCUCUGCAUCUGUGCCCAAUGUAGACGACCCAGAGGCCUUCCCAGCUCUGGCUUAAGCCUAGGCUGCAGUCCCUCAGGCCUACAGGAGCCUUCUUAGCACCUCCACUACGAGGCUUGCAUGUUCCUGGAUCCUUCAGCAAGGUGACAUGAUGGCGAAGACUGUCAUUUAACUAUGGCACUCAAUGUGAGGACUGAGUUUUACCCAAUUAAAAACAAAAUGUGGAAAAAAACAGAAAUUAACAAAAAAACCAACAAAAAAAUCACAAAAGGACUUCUUGCUACUCUGGAGCAACUUAUUGGUAGAGGUUUUGUACUUGGAAACAAAGUAGCAGGGAUGUUUUCAUACAGUAUUUUUUUCAGAGGUUAUGCAUUGUCCAUUGAUACAUUUUUGUAAUUGCUGCUUGAAAAUAUGCGUUACUAAAUAUAAGCAUAAGAAGACUAUAUUUAGCUUGGUGUGUGCUAUUGCUCGCUCGCUUUAGAGGCACUGUGGAGCUCCAACCCAAGCUUAUAAGCUUUGCCACACCAGGUAUUUCUGAUGAAGUUACAACUUCACUCACAAGAUUUAUGGAUUUUUUUUUUUCUUUAGCACUGGGGUGUUGUUUUAUAUUUUAUACAGGAGGUCUAUUCUUCUAUGAUCUUCGGCUUGUAAAUCUUAAAUAUUUUCAUAAAUUUUUGAGAGACUGAAUUUCACAUGGUGCAACUAGGACACACCCUUGAUCCUUGAUCAAGAGAUGCUGCCUACAUUUGAAUGCAUUGAUGAAAUGGCGCCUAAAUCUGUAUUAAGGUUCUUUUUUACUGAAAUGUUCUAGAUGAGGAACAAUAGGUAAUUUUGGAGGACGGCGUAGGUGAUUACUCUCCUAAAUCUCAUUUCCAAGUGGAUCACUUUCAAGCUGAAAGUUAUUUCAUGCAAUUCGAUCUACUUGCAUUUAGGAAGUUGUUCACCCGGUCUCUUCCUCCCGGCGCAUUUUAUCUUUCGACUCGCCAUGUACAAGUAAUGCCUUAGUUUUUACUUUAGUGAUAUGGGGUGGUAGUGUCUUGACUCAGCUGAGAUUCUGCGACUGUUUACACACUCCACUCAAGCAUCCACAGGUUAAACUUGACCCGGCUUCAGUUUGUUUCUGCAGUCUGUCCUGUGCUGAUUUUCCUCCACUGUUGAAUUGCCCUGUUGCAUCCACAGUGGCACCACUGCAUAAUUGCUCUGAAAGAAAUACAGUCGUUCAUUGUGUGGAACAACUGAAGUGCUCUACAAAUGUGUGAAUUCUAGCCCUGCUAUUAGAGACCUCUGUCGGUAAAUAAAGAUGGUCGAGAAA